GCACGUCCUGCUGGUGCCGCUGCCGGCGCAAGGCCACAUGAACCCGAUGCUCCAGCUCGGCCGGCGCCUCGCGUACCACGGCCUGCGCCCCACGCUCGCCGCCACGCGCUACGUGCUCUCCACGGGCCAGCCCCCCGGCGACCCCUUCCGCGUCGCCGCCUUCUCCGACGGCUUCGACGCCGGCGGCAUGGCCUCCUGCCCGGACCCCGUCGAGUACUGCCGCAGGGCCGAGGCCGUGGGGUCAGAGACGCUGGCGCAGGUCAUCGCCGCCGAGACGCUCGCCGGGAGGGCGCCGUCCGUCAUGGUCUACGACCCGCACAUGUCCUGGGCGCCCCGGGUGGCGAAGGCCGCGGGCGUGCCGACCGCCGCGUUCAUGUCGCAGUCGUGCGCCGUGGACCUCAUCUACGGGGAGGCGUGGGCGGGGCGCGCGCCGCUGCCGAUGGCCGACGGGAGCGCGCUGCGUCGCCGGGGCGCGGUGAGCGUGGACCUCGGGCCCGAGGACCUGUCGCCGUUCCUCGUGUCGCCGGAGCUGUACCCCAAAUACCUAGACGUGUCGAUCCGGCAGUUCGAGGGCCUCGAGGACGCCGGCGACGUGCUCGUCAACUCCUUCCGUGACCUCGAACCGCAGGAGGCCGAGUACAUGGAGUCCAGAUGGCGCGCCAAGACGGUCGGCCCGACGCUGCCGUCCUUCUUCCUCGACGACGGCCGCCUGCCGUCCAACAAGGCCUACGGCGUCAGCUUCUUCAGCAGCGACGCGCCCUGCAUGGCAUGGCUGGAUCGGCAGCCCCCUUGCUCGGUAGUCCUCGCGUCCUACGGGACGGUCUACAGCCUCGACGCCGGCGAGCUUGACGAGCUUGGAAAUGGGCUCUGCGAUUCAGGCAGGCCAUUUCUCUGGGUCGUGAGGUCCAACGAGGCACAGAAGAUAUCUGAAGAACUCCACGGCAGAUGCAAGGAAAAUGGAUUGAUUGUCCCUUGGUGUCCCCAGCUUGAGGUUCUCGCGCAUAAGGCCACAGGUUGCUUUUUGACUCAUUGUGGAUGGAACUCAACGACAGAAGCACUUGUUGCCGGCGUGCCAAUGGUGGCGAUGCCGAGGUCGGCCGACCAGCCAACCACGGCAAAGUACGUGGAGAGCGCAUGGGGCAUCGGCGUGGGGAUGCACACAGAUGAGAAAGGCUUGGUGAGAAGGGAGGAGGUGGAGAGGUGCAUCAGGAAGGUGAUGGAUGGGGAGGGAAAGGUUGAAUACCGCAAAAAUGCCACAAAAUGGAUGAAGAUGGCCAAAGAGGCAAUGCAGGAAGGAGGGAGUUCCGAUAAGAAUAUUGCUGAAUUUGCAGCCAAGUAUUUAUCAAGAUGAAUUUACCUCCAAUUAUCCACAACUACUCAAUAGUCAUCGCCUUCAGUUAUGCAGAGGUCGGGUGUAAUGUUUAAAUAUUUUAAGUAAUAAAGUCAUUUAUCAAAAAAAAAUAGCCAUAGCAUAUUAUGUAUGCAUGUGUUGAUAGAGUAUUAUUCCUCUUCACUUUACACAACAAUGUCAAGGCAUUCACCGAGAAGUCUAUAAUGUAGCUCAAAAUAUCUUUUAUCAUGGCCUUUCACACAUUCGGCAUAUAUUGAAUUAUUAAUGAAUUGACUAUUCCUUGGCAAGUCGUUGAUGUAAGGU